AUGGCAACCCGCUCCAGGCCACCCUCUCAAGCCCGCUCCCCUGUUGAUCAAAGACAGCUGGCACCCAACUUUCCGCCAGCCUCCCCUGAGCUUGGCAAAGUCAGCCUCAAACGGGUCAUCCGCCUCCUAUGGGGAUUACAAUCCCAAGUUUGCACCAACGUCAAAAACAUAUCCCAAGGGGUCAAUGUUGUCAAGGAUGGGCUUGCCCAACUCCAGCUCCCCUGGGGUCCUCACACCCCAGAAGAUCAAAAACCCCCUGCGGUCAAGGAAACUCCCAGGGCCACGCCCAAAGCCAUGCCUAUUGGCAAGGCUCAACCUACCCUUGGGGCCCCAGCCCCCAUCAUUGCCACAGGGCCCCCAAGGUGCAAACCCCUCUCAUUAUUUAACCCCUAUCCCUCCUCCUCUUUCCCUUUGGGACCGGCUCCAGCCGCCCUGGGACCUCCACCAGCGCCCCAAGUCACUUCGGCGCCACCUCCAGCCCCCUCCACUGUAAAGGUGGAUCACCCAGACGCCUUCAAAGGCAAAAUUGGCUUGGAGGCCAAGCAAUGGCUAACACGCAUGUUGGCCUGGGUUUGCCUAAAUCAAAGGCAGUUCCCAUUGGACAUGGAGGUCCUAAGCUUCCUAUUAAUGAAUAUGACAGAAGCUGCCGGGGCCUGGGCCCAUCCCUACCUGGACCAACUUGGGUCCCAUUGCGCAAUCAUCCAGUCCGUGGAUGAUUUCAAAAUCAAGUUCCUGGCCGCCUUUGGCAACCCAGACGCCACCAGAGCAGCAGAGCAGAAAAUCACUUCCCUCACCCAGACUGGCACUUGUGCCAAAUAUAUCACCAAGUUCCGCACGCUGCAAAUGGAGCUUGAUUGGAACAAUGCCGCACUCUGCAGCCAAUUCACGCAAGGACUUCACUGGGAGGUCCAAAAACAAAUUGCCACAAGGGAGAGGCAACCCCAAACCCUGAGGGAGCUACAAGACGCUGCCCUCAUCAUUGACAACGCCCUCCGCGAGGAGAGAGCCAGCCACCUGCAACAGGGUAAUAAGCCUGGUAAACCCUCUUCCACCCCCAACCGGGGGGCAAGUUCCAGUCAACUGACCAACAAAACUGGUCCCCUCUCCUCCAAUCCUAACUACGUCUUGGAGGAGGAACAAAACCACUGCCGCACGGAAGGUCUCUGUGUGAAAUGCGGCAAACCCAGGCACAAGUUUGCCAAAUGCCAGACCGGAUGGAAGGCCACCCCCAAGGAGGAUAAGGGGAAGGCCAAGGAAGCCGCCAAGAUUGGCAAAGACUCUGAGUACCAAUUGGGAAAAGAGUAA